AUGUCUCGCUCAUUCUCCCAAUCCCCGCGAAAUCUACAGAUUCCCAACGGGACCUCGGUCGAGAACAUCGCAGCCCGACCGAAUGGCAAUCUCGAAAUUGACCCUUCAAUCCCCAGCCCAGCCCAUUUGGUCCACCAGUUCAACGGCGCGGAAGACGCAGAUGGAAUCACAGAGCUGUCGCCGGAUAUCUAUACAAUAAUUGCAUCUAAUCCAGUCUAUACGAUCGAUCUCAGAACCCACGAAAAUAUGCCCCAGCCAGUUCUGAUCGCAAAACUGCCUGCUGGAUAUUUGAACGGCAUAGCUGCUCUAGACGAAGGAAAAGCAGUCGCCAUAACCGACUCCCAGCUCGACCUUAUAUGGCGUCUCGAUAUCCGCACUGGAAAUUACAGCGUGAACCUGAUCCACCAAGACGAGACAAAAAUCGUGACAUGGGUUUGUUGCUUGGUGUCAACGGGUUGA